AUGCUGAACUUCUCGGGGAGCACCAAGCGGCGGAAUGUGAAUCUGGGGUCUUCAAAGAAGAUUAACAAGAGCGAGUUGAUAGAGAAGGCGCGGUUGGAGCGGGAGAGGCGAGCACAGGAAAAAAGGAUACAAGAGUCAACGCUGUGCAUCCAGAGGUGUGCCAGAAGGUGGACGGCGCGGAGGAGGGUGCUGGGAUCGCUGGAUGGCGUAGCGGCGAGAGAAUACGGGACUCAGAUACUGGUAGCGUUUGGCGCGGGGAUCCUGCAUUAUGCGCGCGGCGAUGCCGUGGCUGCGGUGGUGGAAGCAUGCUCGGUGGACAGCGCGACGGCGUACUGGAGGUGCACGGAACUGCUGGAACAAGUGGCGCGCGGCGGGGAGACGGGGCUGGUGCGGCAACUGCUGGACAAGCUGAACGCGGCUGGGGCACGGCCGCUGACGGACGCCGGGGCGGCGCCCGGUGGGCGGCUGCAGCGCAUCGAGAGGCUGGUGGGCGCCCGGCUGCGCGUACUGGAGGCUAUGCGCGGGGAGCUGACGCGCCGGGACAUGAACGCGCUCCUGGCAGUGGUACCCAGCGGCGGGGAGAUGCGCGGGGACGAGGCGGUGCAGUGGGCUGCGCUGUACGGCGUUGAGCAGGCGCGUGUGCGCGUGCGUGCGAACCUACUGUGCUAUCUGCGGGAGCUCGCGCAGCGGCUCUCGCCCGAGGUUGUGCUUCAGCAGGGGCCAUGUUCGGUGGACACCAUCUACUACCUGACAUACUUGUUUGCGGAGCGGCUGGGGCGCGACCCGGACGCGAUCUAUGCGGUGCUGUGCGCGUGCAUCGACCAGCACAAGAGCUUCGAAUUCGAUAGCGGGAGCUUCUUCUUUCAGUACGUCGAAGGCAUCUACUCGUACAGGACUGCGAGCCUUCUUGCGGGCUAUCUGCGGACGCACUCCGUGCCGACGGCCAGCCAGUACGCCAAGGUCUUCCUAGACCGCGCGCCCUCGCCACGUCAGGCCGAGGUGCUGCUGCUGGGCAUAGUUGCGGAUGCCGACGCCAUGCAGCGGCUAGUGCAGGAGUGCAAAACGAGUGGAGCCGUGACAUCUGCGAGCUUCUCGCUUCUCACAGAGUGCCUCGACAUAUACCUGUCGUAUGUGAACGAUACCGUUUUGCUGGGGCCCAAGAGCAACUUCCCGCUUGAAGAUCUCGUGGUGUUUUGCAACUUGGUGCGUGACGCGAUAUCUCAGGCUUUGCGUGCUGAGCAUGAUUAUGAGGUGAACAAGAUGCGCCGCGCGCUCUCCUUACUCCAAAAGCUGUAUAUUAGGGAUAGAAGGACCAAUUUCCUCUCCGCGGCCAAGGGGGACGACUUCUGGGUCAUUGCGGAUACCACGGUGAAAAACUGCGACAUUACAUCUCUCCUUCUUUACUUUGAUGAGUUCUACAGAGAACAGUUGGAUUUGUUCCUGGCGCAGGGCCGUGCUCGGCACGAGGUCCCCAGCGGCGAUCUCGUAGCGUGGGAAAACGAUAUAAAAGUAAAGUUCUUUAGCGAGAAGUCAUCGAAGCACGCUUCGUGGGGUUCCCUUGCCCUGCGGAAAUUCGAACUCGUACUGCGCGCUCCGUUUCUGUUGCCCUUUCGCGAGCGGGUCGCCUACUUUGAAACGCUGAUACACCACGACCGACGGCGGUUGCAGGGACGCCACACAGGACCAGCCUUGCGCCUGCCCGACCUGUACUUCCCGUCGUCGCGGCGGCAGCGUGCGAUUAUCUCCAGGAACAACAUCCUGGAAGAUGCAUACGAGGCGUAUAAUCCGCUGGGCGAGGACUUUAAGGACCAGCUGGCUGUGACUUUCAUCAACGAGUUUGGGCCAGAGGCCGGCAUCGACGGCGGCGGCAUUACCAAGGAAUUCCUGACCAGCGUCAGCGACGAGGGUUUCAACAAGGACAAGUACCGCCUUUUCAAGGCAAACAGUGUGUACGAACUAUACCCUUCAGAUGCCGCCACAUCGCCCCAGCAGCUCCAGUACCUGCAUUUUCUUGGCAAGGUAUUGGGAAAGUGUCUAUACGAGAAGGUGCUCAUCGACGUGCAUUUCGCGGACUUCUUCCUGCAUAAGCUGCUCAGCACCUCCAAGAACAUGGCCUGCUCGUUCGACAACCUGCCCUCCUUCGACCGGGAGCUGUAUGACAAUCUCAACAAACUCUUCGACAUGUCCACGGCGGAACUGCAGCUGCUCGAUCUCCGCAUGGAGAUCGUCGACGAAAACACCAUGAAGAUCGUCGAGCUCGUACCCGGCGGCUCCCAGAUACCAGUCACCACCACCAAUGUCCGCCAGUACGCACUUGCCGUCGCCAGCUACAGGAUGAACUCUCAGCUCGCCCGCGCCACCUUCUACUUCCAGACCGGCAUGGCCGUCAUCAUCCCCCCGCAUUGGAUAGCCAUAUUCUCCAGUAGCGAGCUCAGCAAGCUCAUUUCCGGUGGCGGCCGCGACAUAGACCUCGCUGACCUUCGCGCAAACGUCACAUACGGCGGCUAUGUCGAGUCCGACCCCACCAUCCAGCAUCUCUGGCAGUUGCUCCUGGAGUUCACCCCCGAGCAACGCUGUAAAUUCAUCAAGUUUGCCACUUCUGUGCCCCGCGCCCCGCUCCUUGGCUUCCAGAUGCUCAACCCUAAGUUUGGCAUCCGCAACGCUGGUACCGACUAUAACCGUUUGCCUACCGCAUCCACCUGCGUCAAUUUGCUCAAACUGCCAGACUACCAAGACAAAGACCUCCUACGGGAAAAGCUACUAUACGCAAUCAACUCAGAGGCCCGCUUCGACCUCUCAUAG